UCUUGGCAGUAGGACCUACAGGGCGGUUCGUCGACCGGUCAGCCAAAUGGCUCGUCCAGUUCGGCGAAUUGGCUAUCAUUCCAGACGCCAGUAGAGUGGGCAUGGGAUUUGACGAUCCUGAUGGUGAUUUGCCAGAAACCGGCGAAAGUGAUACGUCAGAGAAGUCAAUUAUUCGCGUUCCUCUCCUCAUGAGCACCACAAACGUAACAGCGAGCGAGCCUCCGCAAUAUGAUGAGGCUGGUGUUGACCAUGACGCCGUAGAACCAUCAGAGGAAGACCAAGACCCUAGGAAGCCGAGCACCAAUGUUGCUUGGACGACCCUCGAACACCUUGACAACUUGAUGGGGGAAUGGCUGCGAUCCAUAGCAGCGGAAGGGGUAGAGACGCUCAUAGAUAUUUGCUCGGAUUCUGCCGCGGAUGCAACGAGCGUAGCGUGCAUCCUCGGAGAGCUUUGCGAAGUCAGGUUUUAAUACCAUUUGAAAAGAGAGACUUCUCCUUUGAUUAUACUAGCUUGGAGCGUCCGGUAACAUCCCUCCCACUAGGAUCCCCCUCCUCCCCAAAAUAAGAAAGAAACUAAGCAAGGCAAAGAUGUAAUUGUAAGCGAUAUGCGUUUUCAAAUUUCGAAAAUUUUCCACGUUUUGCCAUAGUUUGCGGAUUGGGUCUCGUGCGUUUGAAGUCAAGGGCUAAGGUCCCAAAGCUUUUCGACUUUCAGCCCUUUCGCUGAAAUUCAGUGUCUUGGAUCUGCAUUAUUCAAAUUUCGAAAAUUCUCCGCGUUUUGUUGUCGUUUUGGGAUUGAAUUUUGUGCGUUUGGAGCGCUAAAGCCCAUAAGUUUUUGACUUUCAGCCCUUUCCCUGAGAUUCAGCCGCAUGGAUUUGCAUUUUUCAAAUUUCGAAUAUUUUCCCCAUUUUGUCGCCGUUUUGGGAUUGAAUUCUGUGCGUUUGAAGUGCUAAAGUCCCAAAAUUUUUGAUUUUAAGCACUUUCCCUGAGAUUCAAUCUCUUGGCUUCGCGUUUUUCCAAUUUCGAAAAUUUUCCACGUUUUUCGUCGUUUUGGGAGUGAAUCCCGUGAGUUUGAAAGGCUAAGAUCCCAAAAUUUUUGAUUUUCAGCCCUUUCGCUGAAAUUUAACGCCUUGGCUUCGCGUUUUUCAAAUUUCGAAAACUUUCCACAUUUUGCCGCCGUUUUCGGGUUGAGUUCCGUGCUUUUGAGGUGCUAAGAUCCCAAAAUUUUUGAUUUUAGGCCCUUUCUCUCGAAUUUAAUUCCUUGGAUUCGCCUUUUCAAAUUUCGAAAAUUUUCCACCUUUUUCGUUUUUUUGGGAGUGAGUCCCGUGAGUUUGGAGCGCUAAGAUCCCAAAAUUUUUGAUUUUAAGCCCUUUCUGCCGAAAUUCAAUUCCAUGGCUUCAUGAGUUUGGAGCGCUAAGAUCCCAAAAUUUUUGAUUUUAAGCCCUUUCUCCCGAAAUUCAAUUCCAUGGCUUCACGGUUUCAUGGUUUCAUGGUUUCGCGGUUUCAUGGUUUCGCGGUUUCAUGGUUUCGCGGUUUCGUGGUUUCUUGGUUUCCUGGUUUCCUGGUUUCCUGGUUUCGUGGUUUCAUGGUUUCAUGGUUUCGUGGUUUCCUGGUUUCAUGGUUUCGUGGUUUCAUGGUUUCAUGGUUUCAUGGUUUCAUGGUUUCAUGGUUUCAUGGUUUCGUGGUUUCAUGGUUUCAUGGUUUCAUGGUUUCAUGGUUUCAUGGUUUCAUGGUUUCAUGGUUUCAUGGUUUCAUGGUUUCAUGGUUUCAUGGUUUCAUGGUUUCAUGGUUUCAUGGUUUCAUGGUUUCAUGGUUUCAUGGUUUCAUGGUUUCAUGGUUUCAUGGUUUCAUGGUUUCAUGGUUUCAUGGUUUCAUGGUUUCAUGGUUUCAUGGUUUCAUGGUUUCAUGGUUUCAUGGUUUCAUGGUUUCAUGGUUUCAUGGUUUCAUGGUUUCAUGGUUUCAUGGUUUCAUGGUUUCAUGGUUUCAUGGUUUCAUGGUUUCAUGGUUUCAUGGUUUCAUGGUUUCAUGGUUUCAUGGUUUCAUGGUUUCAUGGUUUCAUGGUUUCAUGGUUUCAUGGUUUCAUGGGUUCAUGGGUUCAUGGGUUCAUGGGUUCAUGGGUUCAUGGGUUCAUGGGUUCAUGGGUUCAUGGGUUCAUGGGUUCAUGGGUUCAUGGGUUCAUGGGUUCAUGGGUUCAUGGGUUCAUGGGUUCAUGGGUUCAUGGGUUCAUGGGUUCAUGGGUUCAUGGGUUCAUGGGUUCAUGGGUUCAUGGGUUCAUGGGUUCAUGGGUUCAUGGGUUCAUGGGUUCAUGGGUUCAUGGGUUCAUGGGUUCAUGGGUUCAUGGGUUCAUGGGUUCAUGGGUUCAUGGGUUUGGGGUUUGUUUGUUUUUGUGUUGGAGGUUUUGGGUUUGGGUGUUUUGGGUUUGGGUGUUGGAGGUUUUGGGUUUGGGUGUUGGAGGUUGAGGUUUCCGAAGGGAUGUGUUUGCAAAGUUUUAUUGCUCUUAAUAUUAAUAUUAUAGUAGAUCACAAACGUAGACUUAUCCCGUGCAACAAUAUAUUAAUAUUAUAGUAGUAACGAAAUUCUUCUUCUUUGUGGUAUGAAUUCUCGUUCUUGAAGAUUGAAUCUUUCAGCUUUGUUUAGGUUCCCCCGAUCCACGAUUUUCAUUCGUCGCUGUGAGCAGCAUCAGCUUGCUAUAGCAGGCACACGGACAAUCGAAGCGCUUGGGCAGUAUUUAGGCGUGAAGAUUCAAGCAGCGCACAAGAGAAUGCUGCGUGAAGCGCGUGCAAUGAGAACGCAUCAGCAUAUUUGUCAGAGGGUAGCGUAUGCACGUUGGCAGCGUGACACAAUUUUGACGGCCGAUAUUGAAACAUGGAAAAAGCACCAGAGCUUGUGGAGGCAAUUCAUGGAAGACCUCCGAGAAGAUGUGGGUGCUUCUUCUUGUUCCUUCGUUUUCUUGUGAUGACACGUGUGUAGCCAUUUCGAAGUCGAGGCUUCUCAGUCUGAAGUUGAGCCCAAGUUCAAAUAUGUAAGUCUCAUCGUUAUCAAUUUGAAGAAAAUCAAUCUCACCAACCAGGGCUGCAGCAGGCUUUGCAAGAUACGGCGCUAGUUCCAUCGGAUGAGUUGCAAUCGCUGACUGUUGAGCAAGAGACCCGAAGCCUUAUCAUUGGAGUGGGGGAAAAGGAGCCCAUUGUUCAAGCGAUGUGCCGCUUUUAUCGAGCAAUUCCAGAGCCAAAGGAUCACAGGCACUAUUUCGUCUGAUGGUGCUCACCAAGUUGCACUAGGGGAGAGCACAACUAUAAAUCUAUAACUGUGUGGUUGUGGUCCACUUGCAGUGGCACAGACACACUGCUGGACUUUCAUGGUGAGGCUUUUUCUUUCUUCAUGUAGUUACGAUGCAAAUUUAUAAUCAACGUGAACUCAUAGUCGACGCAGCUGGGAUUUUACUACACCAAAGGCUAGUCGGGUUCGAAUCUGUUAUCGUGGUUGUUUUACUUGUAGGAAGAUGUUCUUGCUAUUUUAGUUAUUCGUAUUGUUCUUUUUUGAAAUCAUCUCUAUUCGUUCAUUCUUGAGACGUCGGCCAUUUGCUUGAAAUCUCGUCUCCAGAUGGCUUACGCGAGGCCCAGCAGCUGCUCGCCGAAGUCUUUUAUUCGUCGCAGGGUCCCAGGAUAUCCUCAAACCUGGGUCGAAGUUCUAUCUCGGUAGUGCGGAGGGAGACUAUGUUGCUGAGGAGCUGGAUGAUGUUUAUUCGCUUUUUGUGCUAGCCGAAGGCCUCAUACUACAGCCGGUGAACAGCCUGGAACGAGGUGCGUUGAAGCAAUUCGACGCACCUCGAACAGCGAAGAAUGACAUAGGUUCGCUGCUGUCCGAGCGUAAGUUCAAGGAGGAGAUGGAUAGAAUAGGGGACAUC